GUCCGGGAGGCGGCGCGCCUCGAUCCCAGUCCGGGUCGCGCUGGGGGACCCCGGCGGAGCCGCGACGAUGGAGGAGGCGCAGCGCACCCGCUCGCACACCGUCACCACCACCACCAGCUCGUUCGCCGAGAACUUCUCCACCAGCAGCAGCAGCUUCGCCUACGACCGGGAGUUCCUCCGCACCCUGCCGGGGCUCCUCAUCGUGGCUGAGAUCGUUCUGGGGCUGCUGGUCUGGACGCUUAUCGCUGGAACUGAGUACUUCCGGGUCCCUGCGUUUGGCUGGGUCAUGUUUGUAGCUGUAUUUUACUGGGUCCUCACUGUCUUCUUUCUCAUCAUCUACAUAACAAUGACCUACACCAGGAUUCCCCAGGUUCCCUGGACAACAGUGGGCCUGUGCUUCAAUGGCAGCGCUUUCGCCUUGUACCUCUCGGCCGCAGUUGUGGACGCGUCGUCCGUCUCCCUAGAGAGGGACAGCCACAACUUCAACAGCUGGGCAGCCUCGUCGUUCUUCGCCUUCUUGGUCACCAUCUGCUAUGCUGGAAACACAUAUUUCAGUUUUAUAGCUUGGAGAUCCAGGACCAUACAGUGAUUUGAUUUUGAGAGCUAAAAGGAGAGAGAAAAACAGGACAAAUCAAAUAUUACUGUAAAGA